UUUUUGGUCAAAUAGAUAACCGUCUUAUCUUGUCCUAGACCCUCCGGGACAUGGUUUAACCUGUCCUAGACCCUCUGCGACAUGGUUUAACUUGGCCUAAUGCAAUUACAGAGGUAAACCUCUCCAACGUGCGCGUAGAAAUCUCCUCCAAUCUGCCAGAGCUGCUGAUCCGGUCUGGGUGCAGGCUGACCAUACCUACAUGUGGAUCGCCGGGUGGGAGUGCUCUGUGGGACUGCACCGUGUUUUAUUGUUGCACUAUUGGUUAAGCAGAGUGCAUCUGCAGCACUUCGUGUUUUAAUUUUGUUCACUAUCGAGGCGUGUCCACACACACACACACACGCACUCACACACUAUGUACAUAACACGGUUCUCCAACUCGUGGACUCACUCGUUCUCUUAGCAGAGGUUCAGCCCUCCCGACUCUUUUCCUGCUAUGGCCGAGGUGCUUUCUGAAGCGGUGGGGUUCGAACAGCCGAAGGUGGAGUUGCAUGUACACCUUGAUGGAGCCAUCAGAGUACAGACCAUUCUGGACGUAGCCAAGAGGCGCGGUGUCCCCCUACUGGCCGACACAGUGGAGGGGAUGACCCAGAUCAUCAUCCUCCAGGAGCCUGCCACCCUCACUGAGUUCCUUGGCAAGUUCGCCGAGUACAUGAAAGUCAUUGCUGGAGACAGAGAGGCCAUCAAGAGGAUCGCCUACGAGUUUGUGGAGGACAAAGCCAAAGAGGGAGUUGUCUACGUGGAGGUGAGGUACAGUCCUCACUUCCUGGCCAACACUCAAGUGGAACCCAUCCCCUGGGACCAGGAGGAGGGCGACGUGAGCCCGGAUGAUGUGGUGCGUCUGGUGAAUGAGGGCCUGAAGGAAGGAGAAAAGGCUUUCAAUGUUCAAGCCAGGUCCAUUCUCUGCUGCAUGCGUCACAUGCCAAACUGGUCCAUGACUGUGGUGGAGCUGUGCAAGAAGUAUCGUCAUGAAGGAGUGGUGGCCAUCGACCUGGCUGGAGACGAGUCCCUGAACACGGAUGCCCAGUCCGGCCACAGGUUGGCCUAUGAGGAGGCGGUGCUUUGUGGGAUACACAGGACCGUCCACGCAGGAGAGGUCGGCCCGCCUUCCGUGGUCAAAGAGGCGGUGGAGGUUCUCAAGGCGGAGCGCAUUGGCCACGGUUACCGGACUCUGGAAGACCCAGCCCUCUACAAACAGCUCCUGGAUCAGAAGAUGCAUUUUGAGGUGUGCCCCAUCUCUAGCAAAUUCACCGGAGCCUGUGACCCGGACUUUACCAAGCACCCGGUCCUCAGGUUCAGGAAAGACAAGGCAAAUUACUCCCUUAACACCGACGACCCGCUGAUCUUCAACUCCACCCUGAAUCUGGACUACCUCACUGCCCAGCAGCACAUGGGCUUCACCCAGGAGGAGUUCCAGAGACUGAAUAUCUGUGCAGCUGAGUCGUGCUUCUUACCCGAGGAGGAGAAGAAGGCGCUGCUCACCAAACUCUACGAGGCCUACGGCAUGCAGAAGUCCACCGGCUUCUGAAGCAGCGUGUGUAUGAUGGAGUCAUCGGAAAUCAAUUGACUGGUUGUGCACCAGUCAGAUCUGUGAGCCCAUCUCCACCUGACUCUCUAGAUGAAUGGACUCGAAGAAUAGUUCAUAAUUAUUAAUACAUGCCACCGGCAGGGUGCUGUGCAGCAGUGUUGGAUCAUAUUUUUACAGCUAAAACUCAAUUUUAAUGCAAGCCUCUUUUCUUCAUUCUUGUAAUAAAUCACUGCAUUUUCUGUUAAUAUAAAUAACUAAUUAUGUGCCUAUGGGAUAACAUUGAAUGCUAUAAAAAUAGCCACAUUUCUCAGGUAAAACUAGCUAAUGGGUAAUGUUAUCCUACUUCUCAACUGUAGAUGUCGCACUAAGUGUUGAUGUUACUUAAUGGCGGACAUGCAUUUCAGGAAGACUCCAGUUAAACAAAACUGUUCUUUUAAAGUAUCUUCUAUAUCAAAUCUUAAUUUGUAUUACACUGACUGAUGGAAGAAAAGCACUUGUUUACUAUUCUCACAUUAUGUAAAGGCUCCAAUAAAAUAUGGAUUCUUGUAAAAUAUUGUUGCUCUUUAAGAUUUUCAGGAAGUCAUACUUAAAGUCAUUAAAGAAAUGAACAUCGUCCUUAUAUUAUGCAAGGCCAAACUAGAUUCCGAGUUGUUUAACUUUGACCAAGUUAGGAAGGGGAACACAGAGUUCCUAAACACAAUCCUUUCUUUACCUCAUAGGAUUCAACUAAAAUGGUUACCUGCUCAUUCCAGACAGGAAAUGUAAACAGCAGCUUCCUGUUCCUGUGUAAACCAAGCUGAUUCAAUAACAGUGAGGAAACAUGGCUCAUACAUCCAUUAAUGCUGCUUUACUUAUUAAGGUUUCACAUGUUCAUACCGCUCAAGGUACUAUGCAAAUUCUCCAUUGUGUAAAAAUGAAGAGGUUUUAGAAAAUAUCAAGUAUGACCUUCACAUUAUACAUUUGGGUUUUUUAUUUUAUUUGACAAAGAAAAAUCCUAUUACAAAGAUAUCGCUGAACAUCUUGCAAUAAAUAUGAACGUGGUAUGGUACAGUACAAUGUUAAGUGUUAUGCUUACUGAGAGAAAAAUGAUUACAAUUGUACAAGA